AUGACUAGUUUCGAUUCACUUUUUCGUCGAGUCAUUACAACUCAAUCAUUCAUACGUGGUUGGGGGAAUCCGUUACAUUUACAAGAACUUUGCGCCAAUCGACGCGAACGAGUCGCGAUACGAAGCGAAUGCAUGAAACUUGUGCCAGCAGAAAGUGUACAAGAAAAUACUAUUCAAAUCGUUAAACAAGAGACAAGAGGCAACCGACUUAUUCUCGAUGCAAAGUUCCCUUCACCACUCGCGGUUCAUUUUCCGCAUUUGGUUCCACCAGAAGUGGCUACAGCACAUUUUCAACUCGUCUUACCACAUAACCACCGAUUGGGUAUUGAUUCGAUUCCAAUCGGUAUUUGUUAUCCUGGAACAGGUGAUCAAGGUUAUACGCGACGACGCGUUCUAACAGCCAACCCAUUGAUAAAACAGUAUGGUAUUGGUUCAAUCAUUCUUGAAAAUCCUUUUUAUGGACUGAGGAAACCAAAGCAUCAAGUUCGCUCAUCACUUUUCUAUGUCACAGAUCUGUUAGUUAUGGGUGGUGCACUUAUGUUAGAAACAAUGGUUCUAUUACAUUGGUGUCAAAAAAUGAAACUCACGCCAGCUAUUUUACAUGGAUUCUCACUUGGUGGACAUAUGGCUUCUCUAGCUUUCACUACUUGGUCUGGUCCAUUGUCUCUCCUAUCAUGUGCUUCCUGGUCAACGAGCUCAACAGCCUUUUGUGAAGGUGUAUUGUCACGCACUAUUCCAUGGUCUCUUCUAAAAAAACAGUUCUACGAAAACAAAGCUUAUCAAAACUUCUACGAAUACUUACGCGAUGGAGAAAAACCAUCAAGAUCAAAUCUAAUUCCAAUUGAUCCUGUUAAAGAUAUGAUGCGUUUAGUGAUGGAUGAAUUUACAUCUCUAGAGAAAUAUGCACGUCCUCCAGAAUCGAAUAUUCCCAAUGCCAUGUUUAUCGUUGGUACACAUGAUGGAUACGUAUUACGCCAUGGUAUACCUGAUAUGAAUGAUCUAUGGCCUGGUUGUCACGUACGAUAUAUUCCGUAUGGACACAUCAGUGCGUUUCUAUUCAAUCAAUCUGUGUUCCAUCAUGCGGCUGCAGAAAUGCUACAACGACAACAACCUGAUGUAAAACUUAAGAAAAAUCCGAUUAUUCCUCGUGUAACUAUUAAUCCAACGACAAAUAAUACCUAA